AAGCAAGCAAAGUGGGCGGCACCCUACGUAGCUCCAAGUGGAGUCUAGGCAGAAAGUCAGCUAAGGGAGGCUUGAAUGUAGCUUCACAACCAGCAAACACAGGUGGAACCUUAAGUAGAACUACAGCUUCCUCUGGGCAGCUAUGAACAGCCCUUCCCCUGCCUGGUGCCCUCCAGUUUGGACUACAACUCCCAUCAGCCUCAGACAACAAGACAGAGAGGACAGGAGCCCAUGCUUCAAUCCCACAUGAUGUAGUGAUAGGAUGGAAUCAUCCACCCUCUUAGUAGUGGAGGCUGGAUGGAAGGAACAAAGGCCAGUCCACUUGUGGCCGUUGGGCAGUUCCGGGUCUUCAAGGAGCCGUUGGGCUUUGUAAAGUUGCUAGAGUGGUUCUUUUCCAUCUUUGCAUUUGCGACAUGCGGCAGCUACACUGGAGAAUUCCACCUGAACGUCGAGUGCUCCAACAAGAGUGGGAGCGAUCCUGAUAUAAGGGUGGACUUCGCAUAUCCCUUCCGGCUCCACCAGGUGUAUUUUGAAGCUCCAACUUGUAAAGGGAACAAGGACAAGAUUUUCUUGAUUGGAGACUACUCCUCCUCUGCCGAAUUCUUCGUCACCAUUGCGGUCUUCGCUUUCCUCUACUCCCUUGCCGCCAUUGUCGUCUACAUAUUUAUGCAGGACAAGUACAGGGAGAACAACAAGGGCCCCAUGAUUGAUUUCAUUGUUACGGCUGUUUUUGCCUUCAUGUGGCUGGUAAGCUCCUGUGCUUGGGCCAAAGGGCUUUCAGAUGUCAAGGAGGCCACUGACCCUGACAAAGUGAUUGAAGGCAUGUCUGUGUGCCAGACAGAAGGCAACAGAUGCAGUGAGCUACGGGAGCCAGUCACCUCUGGCCUCAACACCUCUGUGGUUUUUGGCUUCCUGAACUUGGUGCUUUGGCUGGGGAACCUGUGGUUUGUGUUUAAAGAGACAGGCUGGAGCACCCCCUUCAUGAAGUACCCACCUUCUGCCCAAGAGAAGCAGCCAGCACCUGAGACCUAUGGUGAUGCCUACAAUCAAGCCCCAGGCUAUGGACAGCAGGACACGUAUGGGCAGCAGGGUGGCUACCAGCCUGAUUACAGCCAGCAGGGUUAUGGUCAGCAGGGAGAGUAUGGCCAGCAAGGUGGCUAUGUGCAAGGCGGGCCCACUUCCUUUGCAAACCAGAUGUAGGCGGGUCCCUACCCCUACAAUAGGAGGUGUUGUGAGGAGGAAUCCGCCAUCCUGUUCCUGCCCCCCAUGUCCCUUUGUGCAGGGGAAAGGGGGGGCUGGUGGGUGCUCGCACUGGGAGACAGCUGCCGGGCUGUUGCGCCUCCCCCAGGAUGAAUGUAGAUGUUUGUGCUGUUUAUAUAUAUAUAUUAUAUAUAUAUGAGAAACUACAACUAGAGGUAGACUGCCCCCUCUUCCAUUGCCCCGUUGCCUCACAUGCACACACACUCUGCCCUACGUCAUUGCUCACCCCUGGGACAGCUCUUUGACCUUACAUAGUUCCCUUGCUACCCCCUGCCAUCUCCCAGUUCCCUGUCCCCAAGCUUUCCAGAUAAAACUAGCUAUCCAGUCUCCUCUCUAACCUACCAAUUUCCCCUCCCGUGCCCUUUAAACACCACUGAUCCUGCCCAAUAUUAUGGAAAGCAUUGCAUGACUCUCACCAUUCUUUGACGCUCACCUCCACAAGACAUGGCAAGCCUUCCUCCAUCUCCCCUCUGCAUGCCCCUGACAAAAGCAAGUUGGUCCUGGGGGGAGGGGGUCUGGAAUUGGAGGUUAUUUGGAAGCCAUCUUGAGAGUCUGAAUGGCAGACAGAUUUAGAGUUUAAAGGGUUUGGGGUUAAAUAUUAUAUUCAGCACUUUAAUUUAAAAAAAUUAAUGCUCACCUCUGCAUUCCAAAUCCCUUCUCUCCCCCCCCCCAAUGAUUUAAGGGUCAGGAAAGAGGGCACCUUAAAUCUUGGGGUAAUUCUCUCCUGCUUCCCCUUCCUGCUGGUCCAUAUUGGAGAUGGGGGGGUGUUAAAAAGGCGUGAUCCUCAAAGGGGAUCUACAGCACUGGAAUGUUUAUCACUGUUUUGAAGGAGUGUGUGUGUGUGUAAUCUCACCAGAAGGGUUUAUUCUAGAGGGGAGGCAAAAUGGGGGGUGGGGGUGUCACUCCCACUGAGCUGUCUUACUAGGGGUUAGAGCCCCAUUAUUCCCCCUAAUACCAGCAUGUAUGCCAUGAUUACCAGUGCAGCUGGGGCCCACAAUUCAGGGCAUGGGGACUGAGGGGGAGACUCCUGUUAUAAAUACUGUUUCCAUUCUCUCUCUCUCUCUCUCUCUCUCUCUCUCUUUUUCUUUCCUUCCCCUUCUAAGACUGCAUAUUCAAGAUAUUUUAAAGUGGAGUCACCUCUUAUUAACUCAUUGCACUCACAGUCAGGGUGAUUGCAGUGUGCACCUUUUCAACGUAAGAGUUUCUAUACUACCCUGGUUCAGAGAUUCAGUGGCCUCCUCGCAGGACUGUUUGUGGGAAGUGUGCAGGGUUUCAGCAGGCAGGGAAUCUGCUAACAGCUCCACAUACUUGCAGAGACUGAAAGAAAGCCUCUGGUUAAUGUGAAGACUGUGAGGAACAGCGCAGUAGUCAGUCUGGAUUAAUUAACAUAGAAUAGUAGGAUGACUGUUUGGCUUCAGGUUGUGACCUUUUAGCAGGUAGCUGGAAGUUGGUUCCAUCUGGGUUUACUUCCAAGUAAAUGUGUUUAGGAUCAGGAUAAUCUUAAAUCUUUCUACCUCCCUAACCCCAAUCUCCAGUUCAUUUAAUUGUCUGAUUUAUCCUUUGAUCACUCCUUUUUAAAACCUACUCUUUUAUCUCUCUUUUAUUCAUCUUUACUAGCUAUGCUUCUCCUCAAUUUAUUUUUCCUUUUUGACCCAUUCCUUUCUUUGGCCCUUCCCAGAAUUCCUGCUCCUCUAACUCUCAGUCUAUAGUCUGUGACCUCCAAACCAACUUAUUUUCCACAGCAGCCAAAGUAUUCCCUGCCCUCCCCCAUCCAUCCUUCCCCCAUUCCCAGUGGCACUCUGACUAUAUAUUACUCAGUGUCUGUGAUCGUGCCGUAAUUGUGCGUUUCGGUUUGUCCGGCUCUUUGCCCCGGUCGAUAUCGUGAUUUUUUCUUCCAUCUUUAAAUGACAGAAAUACCAACGACAACAGCAGCAAACUGACAGAAAAAUAUGCAUCAAUCCCCCAAAUCUGCCCCCUCAUCCAAAAGGUAUAGAGAAAAAAAAUGGAUAAAAACCAAAUAAAAAGAGAAAGACAAUGUAUUUAAAAACAA